AUUUUUCGCAGUAGUAAUAGUAUAUAAUUUACUGUAAAGCUUACCCCUCACAUAGAGAUGAUUCUCAUACCAAAUAUAGCCUUUGCAUGCUGGUCCCCAACAGAGGGCGCGGACAACAGAAUGACAGGUUGUCAUGGAGAUGUCAAACCCUGUUUCCAUUAACACUAGUUAACUAGCAUAAUGUAGCAUAGCAUAACUUGCAUGUUGAAAGUAAGAUAAUAACAAUGCAAAUGGAGCUCACCAGAGAGAGCUGUUGUUGCAGUAAUGUCGUCAUGCAGAGCAAAAGAUGAAGACAAGAUGAAGUGUGAAAAUGAUGUCAAUGGCCACAGUUUUGUUAGUUCCUCAACAUCGGAAGAGGAGGAUGAGUUUGAGGAUGAAGAUGAGGCAAUGCAAGAACAGACAGAAGAAUACAAAGAGCCAGGGCAUGUGAACAAGUAUGAAGAUGCCACUGGUGCCGCACAGUUGCCAAAAACCACACAGGUCGUUUUUGAGAUCCAAUCUGGGCGGUCUGUGCCUCGUCUCUGUGAGCCACGCCACCUUUAUGGUGUCUCUGGACACGUGUCGCAGACCCACUCUCGCUGGCCAAAGGAGUGUGUGGUUAUACAAGAAGACAUUCAUCAUAUUGAAUGGACACCUCCUUCUCCUGAGCCUUUUUGUAUCCCAAAAUCUGAUGAAGGGCCCCUAUACCAGAAUGUGGAGGAAGGCACUCUUGUUUAUGAUGCACAAGCAGGUAAGGAGUACUACUUUUCAGGGUCUCGUGCAGGGGGAAACCGUUCACCUCUUCCGCAAGCCUCUAUACCGCUCUCUGGGCCUGAUGACACCACACUUCUUUUUGAGGGGCGCUUUGAAAGUGGCAACUUGAUGUCUGCACACAGAAUUGGGCAGUUUGACUAUGAACUCAUGCUCAGGACUGACCUCUACACCAAAAAGCACACACAGUGGUUUUACUUCAGAGUGAGGAACAUGCGGGCAGGCGUACCUUACCGCUUCACCAUCACCAACCUGCUGAAAUCUACCAGUCUCUAUGAGAAGGGUCAGAAACCCCUGCUGUACUCGGAGGAGAAAGCCAGAGCUUCUGGUGUGGGUUGGCACCGUGUGGGUCAUGAUGUGUCCUACUAUCUUAACGGGCGCUUCCACUUAGACUUGCCCUGUUUCUCCCUCUCUUGGGGCUUCUGCUUCCCUUAUGACCAAGACACCUGCUACCUGGCACACUGCUACCCCUACACUUACACCCAACUGUGGGAACACCUCUCAGAGAUAGAGCGCAAACCCAGGCUCUCCUCUUUCUGCAAAAUACGGACACUCUGUCGUUCACUGGCAGGUAAUUUGGUGCCAGUGCUGACAGUGACCAGUCCCUCUGAAUGGGAGGCAGCACAUAAGCCAGCCAUAGUGGUAACGGGACGUGUCCAUCCUGGUGAGACCAACAGCUCCUGGGUGAUGAAAGGUAUCAUGGACUUCCUAUUGAGUGACACACCUGAUGCAAAACUGCUCCGAGACGCUUUCAUCUUCAAGCUGGUUCCUAUGCUGAAUCCGGAUGGUGUGAUCGUAGGAAACUACCGCUGCUCUCUUAGUGGCUGUGACCUUAACCGCAGCUACAGCUCCAAUCUGACGGCUUCUUUUCCCACUGUACAUGCGAUGCGGACUAUGGUCCAUAGGUUGUGUGAGGAGCGUGAGGUGCGGAUGUACUGUGAUCUCCAUGGACACAGCCGUAAACAGAAUGUCUUCACCUAUGGCUGUGCAAGGGCAGCUGACAAUCAGCUGCAUGAGCGAGUCUUUCCCUUUAUGCUGAGUAAGAAUUGUCCUGACAUGUUCUCCUUUCAGACCUGUAAGUUCAAGGUGCAGCGAAGUAAGGGCGGGACUGGUCGCAUAGCUCUGUGGAAACUGGGAAUCCUUAACAGCUUCACAUUAGAAACCUCCUUUUGCGGCUCAAGCAUCGGUCAACAGAAGGGAACCCAUUUCAGCAUGACAGACCUUGAGAAUUUGGGAGCUCACUUCUGUGAUACACUGCUUGACUACUGCGAUCCUGACAGGACCAAGUACAAUAUGUGUAUAAGAGAGUUGCAGGAUGCACUCAGACAAGAAACCCUCCUGGCUCUUGCCUCUUCUCAAGCAGAAGCACCACAAAGUGAUGACGGCAGCACCAGUGGAUCUAACAGCUCUGACUCUGACGGGCCUCCAGCCCACCUUAAAGCCUUAAAGAUGAAAAGGUCAAUCAAGUCCAAGAAGCAGAGAGACUGUUCUUGUCUAGUGAGGCAAGGAGAGGAAACCCCCGAAGAGAAAAAGGAUGGUGAUGUCAAAGGGGAGGGUGAAUAUACCUUAAAGCCUCUACGAGUUCCUCAGCAUAUGCUCCGGAGAAGAAAACGGGAUACUCCACGCGAGCCCACUGAUGCCAACACAAAGAUGUCUGUACUAUAUUUGGUCUUUGAUAAAGAGAAGGGGUCAAUGAAAUCAAAGUCAGAAUACUUGCGUCAUCUGAUGUCAGGCUACAUUAGGAGCAGGAUACAGCUGGGGCUGGGAAACAGUCUGAGUGGUUUGGACUUAGGUCCGGUUCAGGUGUGCGUCCAGCAGGAACAGAGUGAGUCCUCCAUCACUCCAUCAUCCUCCAUCACUCCAUCAUCCUCCAUGUCCUCAGGGGUGCCAAGAAAAACAAACCAUGGUAGGUGGACCAGUCAAGUGUGAGCAUAUUUUUUUUUAUUUGAAUAUUCCUCAUAGUAUAUAAACAUCAUGAAUAGUUGAUAUAAACACAGCAAUAAUUUUAAAGGUAUAGCUAUAUAAUUGAAAAUUGACAUUACUUGAACCCUG